CGUCCAUGCUUAAAUCUGAAAUGGUGCGGUCGGGUAAAUAAAUAGUACAAUGCGUCGUAGUUCACAUGAAUUGUAUUUGUCACCCUAUAGUGUUAUGAUAUCGAUAUUUUCACCAUCAAUAUAUUAGUUGUGUUAGCUAUACUACAGCCAGUAUGUUGACCGGAUACCUGAGAAAAGGAAGUAAAUCUACCAGGCUGAAGAUGGCACUCAUGCUCUUAGUAUUGAGUUGUCAAUUCGUCCAUGUUCUCAGCGAAAAAUCUUCCUCUGCUCUGACUGUUGUGGAGAGCACUGAGACCAGCCUGGAUGAUGAAGAUGCGCACCACAUGGAGGAAGAGAGUGAUCCUGAGGAUUUGGAUGUGUUCCGUCCCACGGAUCAGUGGCAGUCUCUCAAACCAGGCCAGGCAGUCCCAAGGGGCUCUCACGUAAGGCUCAACCUCCAGACAAGACAGAGGGAGGUCAAACUUGGGGAACAUCAGAUUCUCAAAUACCAGAUCGAUGGACAAAGACAGGGGAAGGAGAACACACCAGGCCCAUCCUUCAAUGCUGAGGAGCUGAAGAAGGCUCUGAAAAAUAUAAAAGAAGGAGUGGAUCCUGAAACUAGUGACAAAGAAAAAGAAGAGAAGGAGGCUCUCAGAGCCCAGUUUCGUCCCAUGGAGGAGCUGAAAAGAGACAUGGCCAAACUGGACAUGCUGAUGGAGUCAGACUUCCAGGUUAUUAGCAGACUGAUGUCCCAAUUCAACAGCUCAAACACCACUGUGGAGGAGAAGAUAAAAGCUUUACAUGACCUAGAGUACCUUGUUCAUCAGGUGGACAAUGCCCAGAACUUGGCGUCUAGCGGAGGAUUGAAGCUUGUGGUUGAUGCUUUGAACAGCACAGACUAUCGCCUUCAGGAGAGUGCUGCUUUUGUCUUGGGGUCAGCUCUGUCAAGUAACCCGGUGGUGCAGGUGGAGGCAGUUGAAAGUGGUACCCUGCAGAAGCUGUUAAUGUUACUCGCCACUCCACGACCCAUGUCUGUUAAAAAGAAGGCGUUGUUUGCUGUGGCCUCUUUGCUACGUCACUUCCCCUUUGCCCAAAGCCACUUCCUGAAGCUGGGUGGGCUGCAGGUGUUGGGGGAUCUUUUCCGAGCUUCCGAAGGCGGGGCUCUCCGUGUGAGGAUUGUAACCAUACUCUAUGACAUGAUAAAUGAGAAGGAGCUGAUCUCUCAGACUGGACUGGACCCCAUUCCAGAUGCUUCUCACAACGAGCGUUUGCAGCAGUACGCACAGGUCUCCCUCAUGCCACUGUUGGCAGAGCAGGGCUGGUGCAGCCUGGUGCCUGAACUGUUGGCCUCCCCAGAGCACGACUGGAAGGAGAAGGCCCUGAGAACUAUCCUGGCCAUGAUGCCUCACUGCCAGACUCAGUAUCGGCAGGACUACACCCUGUCUUCCUCCCUCCGCACCCUACAGGAGCAGUACCAGGAACUGGUGCUCUCAGAGCAGGCCCUCGGAGACGAGGAUGGGUACUUUGGGGAGAUCCUGGUUCUGUUGGAGACAGUGCUGCUGAAACUGAAGUGAGCAUAGGGCUGGGUGGAAAAAACCCAUCAAAGGACAAUAAAAACAAGUCUGCAGUUCUGUAAUGUAACAUUUUUAAUUUGAGACUAUGUAAUAUGAUCACACAUCUGCAAAUCAGAAGGUUGCUUUUUUCAGUUGCUGCCUCAGAGGGCUUAGCCUUCCUUACAGCUUUUUUUUCUGCAUCUGUGAUGCCUCAUGCUUUGGCUUGUCUCAAAAUAAGGCUCUCCAGUCCUCCCUGAGGAAUACAUUUAGCUGGGCUAAAUUACAUUACUUUCCCUUAUAUGA